UGCUUUGAAGUAGGUUCCGGCAACUAGACGAUCAAAGUUGCGAUUUUUGAGCAGGGGACGAUGGUGAAGAGUGUUAUCUCAAUGGACCAGCUGAAAGCUCUGUGGCACUCUGAGGUCCACAAUGAGCAGAAGUGGGCAGCUAACAUGAAGCUUGUGAGAGCACUUGGGGUGUUUGCAGGAGGAAUCUUCCUCAUGCGUGGCUUUGGUGAUCUCAUGGCUGUCUGAACAAACCUGGGAGGAGAACAUUUCAUCGUUUUUUUCUAUUUUUGUAUUUUCUGAAGUGUCUGCUCUCUCCAUAGAGUUUGAUGGUUUGGUUUAUGAUUCCACCAUUGUGAUACAGAUACGUCUCAGUUCAAGAUUUGCUUAAAGAAAAAUAUUUUUUUCA